AUGGGUGGCCAGAUGCAGCAGAGCAAUGCUGCGGCUACUGCUCUGUAUGAUCACCCUGGAAAUGGGGCCCCCGCCGGCGGUGAUGCCGGAGACGCCGUCAUGGCUCGGUGGCUUCAAUCCGCAGGGUUACAGCAUCUGGCCUCUCCAUUGGCUUCGACGGGAAUCGAUAAUCGCCUGCUGCCCAACCUUCUUAUGCAGGGAUAUGGAGCACAAUCUGCAGAAGAGAAGCAACGGCUUUUCAAACUAAUGAGAAACCUUAAUUUUAAUGGAGAACCUGGUUCCGAGCCAUACACUCCGACUGCCCAAAGUUCAGGUGGAUUUGCUUCUUCAGAUGGGUUGUAUUCGCCUGAAUUUAGGGGUGAUUUUGGUGCUGGUCUCCUGGACCUACACUCUAUGGAUGACACAGAGCUCUUAUCUGAGCAUGUAAUUUCUGAACCUUUUGAACCAUCACCUUUCAUGCCUGCUGUUUCAAAAGCAAUUGAUAACGACUAUGAGAUGAUCACCAGUCAGCAGCAAAAAGGAAAAAUGGAUGCAGAUGCUCAAGCUGGAUUACUUGCGACUGACAAAGAUAGUAGUACAAGAGAGAACAAUGUGGCGAAGAUCAAAGUCGUGGUGCGUAAAAGACCCUUGAACAAGAAAGAAAUUUCUCGGAAGGAGGAUGAUAUUGUGACUGUACAUGAGAAUGCAUAUUUGACAGUGCAUGAGCCGAAAUUAAAGGUUGACUUGACUGCCUAUGUUGAGAAGCACGAGUUUUGUUUUGAUGCUGUUCUAGAUCAGAAUGUCACUAAUGAUGAGGUAUAUCGAGAAACUGUAGAACCAAUAAUCCCUACAAUUUUUCAACGCACAAAAGCUACAUGUUUUGCAUACGGCCAGACCGGUAGUGGCAAGACAUACACAAUGCAGCCGUUACCUCUUAGAGCUGCUGCUGAUCUUGUUAGAUUGCUGCAUCAGCCUGUCUAUCGUAAUCAGAGAUUCAAGUUGUGGCUUAGCUUCUUCGAGAUAUAUGGCGGAAAACUCUUUGAUCUUCUCAGCGAGAGGAAAAAGCUGUGCAUGAGGGAAGAUGGACGGCAACAAGUUUGUAUCGUUGGAUUGCAAGAAUUUGAAGUCUCUGAUGUCCAAAUUGUGAAAGAAUAUAUUGAGAGGGGAAAUGCAGCCAGAAGUACAGGCUCUACUGGUGCUAAUGAGGAAUCAUCUCGAUCUCAUGCAAUUUUACAGCUUACAGUGAAAAAACAUAUUGAGGUAAAAGACUCCAGGAAGAACAUUGAUGUGAAUGAUUCCCGGCAUGGAAAGGUUGUCGGGAAGAUCUCUUUUAUUGACCUUGCUGGUAGUGAGAGAGGUGCUGAUACAACUGACAAUGAUCGGCAAACACGAAUUGAAGGUGCGGAAAUCAACAAGAGUCUUUUGGCUCUUAAAGAAUGUAUUCGUGCGCUGGACAAUGACCAGCUCCAUAUUCCUUUCCGAGGUAGCAAACUUACUGAAGUGCUGCGUGACUCCUUUGUUGGCAACUCCAGGACUGUUAUGAUUUCGUGCAUUUCACCAAAUGCUGGUUCCUGUGAGCAUACGCUGAAUACAUUAAGAUAUGCUGACAGGGUCAAAAGUCUUUCCAAAAGUGGGAACACAAAGAAAGAUCAAGGCUCAAAUUCAUUACCCCCAACUGUUCCCGCUUCAGCACCUUCUACUUCUAUCUCUGGUGAUGUAGAAGAUGCAUUUGAACCAUAUCCAGAAUCUAGAGGAGUGGAAACAAACAGAGGAUCUGUAGAAAAAGAACAUGCUGCUUACAAUUCUUCAAGUGAUUUUGAUAAGCCACCAUCGAGUUUUAUCUCAAAUUAUAAUUCCAAUGGACGGGAGGAACCUCAGGCAACUUCUAAUGCUCCAGAAAAGGAGAAGUUUGACAUGAAAUCUUCUCAUGGGAGCACCACAAGUCAGAAAGUUGGAUCGGCUUCAACUUCACAAAUUUUAGUUGACACAGAGGAAAAAGUUCAGAAAGUUUCUCCUCCUCGUCGAAAAGCUUACAGGGAUGAAAGGCCUGAAAAAGUGGGAAGCUUGCCCAAAAAAGAUGGUUUUGGUUCUGAUUGGUCAAGACAGCAGAAUGUGAACAGUGCCAGCACAAAUCACGUUGGAUCUAAAUCAUAUGAGAUUGAGACGCCUCAGGAGGAUCGUAUCAAUGAGAUACUUCAGGAAGAAGAGGCCCUCAUUGCUGCACACAGAAAAGAAAUUGAAGAUACCAUGGAGAUUGUGCGUGAGGAGAUGAAACUGUUGGCUGAGGUUGAUCAACCUGGCAGUCUUAUUGAUAACUAUGUCACACAGUUGAGCUUUGUGUUAUCUCGCAAAGCUGCAAGCCUAGUCAGCCUGCAGGCUCGCCUUGCCAGAUUCCAACAUCGAUUGAAGGAGCAAGAAAUAUUGAGUAGAAAACGGGUGCCACGCUGA